UCUCCCAAAUCCCCCCCGAUCCACCGCCCGCCGGGAGUCCCCCAGCCGCCGUCGCCCGCCGGAGCCCCAACGCUACAGCGAGGACGCCGCCGCCCGCGUGCGUGCUGCUGCGUGGGACGCGGAGUUGCUCACUCGCUCCAGCUGCUGCUUGGUUUGCUUCCAUUACUGGCAUUGCGUGGAGCUUCUGUGCAAGGCGCGUCCGGGCUCGUGGGGGGAGCGUGUCGGGUUCGGGCCAGGCCUGAAGCGCGGCGGCGGGCCGCCGGUGAGAGGGGGGGUGGCGGCUCGCGCUCGUGCGCCGGUGGCGCGAGCGCGGGGAGGGAGGGGCCGCGCGUCGUGAGGGAAGUGCGGCGGCGGCGCGCGGUGGGGUAGGGACGGGCGCCGCCCACCGCCAGCUCGUCGCUGUCCUGCUCGUCUGGCUCGGCGCUGCGCAUCCAGAUCCACACACCGGUUGUUGAAGAUGUCGACAGGUGAAACCCUGCGCACAGAGCUAUCAUCCAGGACGCCGCCUUUUGGUUUGAGGCUAUGGAUUGUGAUUGGCAUCAGUAUUUGGGUGGUGAUCUUCUUUAUUCUAGGUUUCAUGUGCCUCUGGUCCAUAUACCGGAGGAAGCCGAAGAAGUCUUUUGAUAAGAUUCCAGUAUCUCAAAUCCCGGAUGUUUCCAAGGAGAUUGCAGUAGAUGAGGUUCGUGAGCAUGCUGUUGAAAACUUCCGUGUGCAAGAAAGCCAUGCGAUAUCAGUUCAGGAGAAACAUUAUGAAAAAGAUUCAGGGAAAAUGCUGGCACACUUGGUUAGGAGCAAAUCGAGUGAUGCUGAUAAUUUGAGCCAAUGCAGCUCGGUUUACCAAUGUGAUAGGGCUGGUAGUUCGUAUUCUGGUGAUGAAGGCAGCUCAGGCAAUGCUAGGAGGCACUUUUCUCAAUAUGCAACUGUCUCAGCAUCUCCUCUGGUUGGUCUCCCAGAAUUUUCUCAUCUGGGCUGGGGCCAUUGGUUUACUCUGAGAGAUUUGGAGCAUGCAACAAAUCGAUUUUCCAAGGAGAAUGUCAUUGGAGAGGGUGGAUAUGGGGUAGUUUACCGUGGUCGACUCAUUAAUGGGACUGACGUCGCAAUAAAAAAGCUUCUUAAUAAUAUGGGCCAGGCAGAAAAGGAGUUCAGGGUUGAAGUUGAGGCUAUUGGCCACGUCAGGCAUAAGAAUCUUGUCCGCCUCCUAGGAUAUUGUGUUGAGGGAAUCCACAGGAUGCUUGUAUACGAAUAUGUGAAUAACGGGAACUUAGAACAGUGGCUUCAUGGUGCCAUGCGCCAACACGGUGUUCUUACCUGGGAAGCCCGAAUGAAAAUCGUUCUUGGAAUUGCUAAAGCACUUGCUUAUUUACAUGAAGCAAUAGAGCCAAAAGUUGUACACCGUGAUAUUAAAUCAAGCAACAUACUAAUUGAUGAAGAAUUCAAUGGCAAACUUUCUGAUUUUGGCUUGGCUAAGAUGCUGGGUGCAGGGAAGAGCCAUAUCACAACUCGAGUUAUGGGAACUUUUGGGUACGUGGCCCCUGAGUAUGCUAACACAGGCUUGUUAAACGAGAAGAGUGACGUCUACAGUUUUGGUGUGCUACUGCUGGAAGCAGUGACUGGUAGAGAUCCGGUUGAUUAUGGUCGGCCUGCUAAUGAGGUGCAUCUAGUGGAGUGGCUCAAAAUGAUGGUUGGCACAAGAAGAGCUGAAGAGGUAGUUGACCCUGACAUGGAGGUUAAACCAACCAUUCGGGCCCUUAAGCGUGCUCUCCUAGUGGCACUGAGGUGCGUUGAUCCAGACUCUGAGAAAAGACCCACUAUGGGUCAUGUUGUUCGGAUGCUUGAGGCAGAAGAUGUCCCAUCCCGUGAGGACCGGAGGAGCCGAAGGGGCCACACUGGCAAUGCAGAUACCGAGUCGAAGACAAGCUCAAGUGAGUUCGAGAUAAGUGGGGAUAGAAGGGACUCAGGACCAUCAGCAAGGUUUCAACCCUAAGAACGGGAGAUCAUGGCCAAGAACAAUGGCUUCAGAACCCUAUGAAAUAUAUCAUAGGGAGAAGAUGGUUGGCAGAUAAAGUGGGUAUUUCUGGAGGGCAUUGCAUUUUGUGUUGUAGUAGGUCUGCUCGGCGGUAGAGACUGGAGAGAUAGCAGUGUCUGAUGAUGGAUACCCGAGACUUGUAAUUCCCAUUCUGUAUUGUGUUUAGUGAUGCAGCUUGUACAGAUCGUUCUCAUUUCCAUUUUUUAUUCUUCUGGGUUUUGUUUAUGAGGCUCUUGGAUUACCAGUAUGAACCGCUGUCUCUCUUUCCUGGGUGCCUUGGAAUCAUCAACAUGAAAACCUAUCAAAUUAUCAAUAUUACUUAUCACUUGCUUUCUUCUUGCUG